AUGGCAUCCAAAAUACAAGGCGUGGUCUAUAGCGCGCUAGUUCUGGGGUGUCUGGCCCUUGCAGUGGUCCCCAGCGCCUCGGCGCUGGUCGUGAAACUGAACACGCUCAUCCUCACAGUGCCAGGCUACAACAUCGACUUCCUCGAGCUCACUCUGCAGGGCUACGGCACCCCCUACACAAUCGUCCGUUACAACUCAAGCAACCCCCUCAACUUCACGCAGCUCCUGUGGGCCCCUGACGGCUCCGCCAACUUUGCCGGCUACGUCAUGGCGCCGAACAUCGAGGCCAUGGGUUACCUCAAUAGCUCACAGGUCCUCACGAUCUGGGACUACCAGAACCGCACAGGCGCCCGGUCGGUCAAGUUCCAGGCCGCGCCCAUCAAUGUGGGCCUCACCGCCAACCCGACUUGCAGCUCCGAUGACGUCGCCAUGAAGCUCACGGCCGCCGCGCCCCUGGGAACGUCUGGUAUCGUGUCCUCAGCGCCUCUCAGCAGCAGCGGCCUCUACAGGUGCCCCGGCCUGGGUGGCGCGGCGCCGCUGACCACCUGCUCGAUCUGGGCCAGCGACUUUGCCGCCACCGGCCUCCACGCCGCCUGCCAGUCAACGCCGGUCCUGAUGGUUGGCGCCGACAUUGCCGGGACGCUGGUCAAGUAUGGAGACGGCCGGGAGUCGCUGGCAUUCAUGCAUAAUUGCGCCGGCUGGUCGACGAGUUGCCUGGGGCUCAUCCCUGGGGAGCGCAUUUCGCUGCUGACCGUCCACUUUGAUGACGUGUUCCUCGCGACUGAGUUUGAUGACAACCUGCAAGCCGGGGUCCUGACAGAGUACCGCCUGACAGUGCCAGACCUCCAGGCCCACCUGACCUGGCGCAAGAACCUGACGGCCACCUAUCCCAACACCACCAUCACGUUCGAGCUGCCCUUCAACGGCAACGGCAUAUUGGAGAAGGUCGCCACCACCCUCGCAACCACGGCCGUGUCGCCCAUCGACGUGGACGACCGCAGCUGCAUCGACUUCCCCGACUACGCCACCCUGGGCUGCUCCUGCUGGUUCACCGGGACGGCCGCCUGCCCUGCCACCCAGCCCGCAUUCUGCCGUAACUGCACCAAGGCGCGCGGGCUGGGCCCCACCACUCCCUUGUGCCCAGAUUGGGCCAAGCCGCUCGGGUCGGGCGUCAACCGCGCUCCUCAGAGCGCCAAGACCAACAACGCCACCUGGAACAUCGCCAACUUCACCGCGGGCGACCCCCUGGCAAAGUUUGUUGUUGCCAACACCAACGGCCAGGCCGACGGUUUCUUCUGGAGCCACCACACUUUUUCCCACGAGAACCUGGACAACGUGACAUCCUUUGACACCGACAUCCAGAUCGAGCUCAACAUGCAGAUGGCGUCGAUCCUGGGCCUGGCCUCCCGCAAGUCCUUCAGCACCAAGUGCAUGGUCACGCCCCAGAUCAGCGGCCUCCGCAACGGUGACGCGCUCGCCUCCCUGGCGCGUCACAGUAUCAAUUGUGCCGCGGGAGAUAACACAUGGCCGUUCCUGAUGAACUCUGUCAACCCUCACCAAAUGCUGGUGACCACCAAGGCCGCCAAUGGGUACAACGGUUUCCAGAUUCUGCCAAGGUUUGCCACUGAGAUCUACUACAACUGCUCGACCCCCACUCAAAACAUGGUCUUGUACAACAACCUGUACAGGUCGUACUUCGGUGGGGACUCGACCAUCGCUGACCUGCUGCAGCGCGAGGCAACCCGCGUGCUGCGGGAGAUGCUGAAGCUGCGCCACGACCCCCACAUGAUGCACCAAGCCAACCUGGCAAUCCUGGACGGUUCUGGCAAGAGCCUGUCAAUGCGCUGGGUGGAGGCCGUCGUGGCUGAGUUGCGUAAAUACGCCUCGUGGCCCCUCACCUCCCUCAAGCUCGACGACCUGAGGGCCGCGUUCCUGUCCAGGCAGGCGCGCGAGGCAUGUGCCCUGUCGUACGCGAUAGAGGUCGGCACCAACGGCACCAUUACAGCCCUAACAGUGACGAGCGGCGCGGCUGCGGACGGGACCCAGUGCUCUGCGCCGCUGAUGACAGGUGCUAGCAGCACCAGCACAUCCGUGGCCAAGGGCGGUUCUGCGCGGGCCCAGCCAAAGGGCCUGUCCUGGUAUGUGCCUCACAUUGUUUGA